AAUGCUGGGAUUUCCCGCGCAAAUCUGAUUCGAGCAAACACAAAAUGCCAUCAAAAUGCAUUGACGAUACUUAUAAUAUCAGCUGUGUAUUCACUGCAUUCCCCUAGAAAACAGACCUCAAAUGCACUCCAACGACAUCCUUGGGUGAAUAGACUUGUUAUCUAAUGUCAAUUCAAGUUUUAGUUUAAAAUAAUUAUAUUUUUAAAAGAAAGAUUUUUAAAAUAAUGUCUACUCGUCGCUACUCGGUGAAUCUGAGCAACAAUGGAAGCCGGCGAAGCCCUCGACGGCAUCGAACGAAAACACCGUCUUUAAACGAGCUGUCCAAGAAAUUUAGUGGGGAUAUGGCCUGAGACUGUGAGUGAAGGUCAGCGGCAACCCGAAUGAAAUCUCGUCCCUCAUGUGCGUUCUUCAUGGUUGAACAACAAGUCAAAGGUUAACCAAGAUGUGCCAGCUACUGAAACCCUGUCCCCAGGGUGGGGCAUUUGGUAAAGAUUCUCUAUUGGACUGUGUCCCCAGGGAAACAAGUCCUAAAGGAAAAAGGAGAUUAGAGUUUCAGAGUAAAAAGCCACUUAAAGGAAAGAGUUUUUAUCUGGAUUUGAAUGGAUACAAGAAUAUAUCUAGUCUGACUAGUAGACUUCAGGAGUUAGGAGGGAAAGUAGAAGAGUUUCUCAGUAAAGACAUCACAUUCCUGAUAACCAAUCGCAAGGAUGCAGAUGGUAGGUUGUCUCCAAGAAGCAACUCUACUCCAAGUCCAGGGAUUCCUAGUCCAUUUCCUCCAAGUAAAAGCUCAUCCACCAGGACCUGUCUCUCGCCAUACAGUCCUGACUCUCCAUACUGUAUGGAGCCACCAAAGCCCACACCUAAGGAGUCCAUGCGUGGAAAAACCCUUGCCAAGAAAGCUACUUUGAAGAAAGCAACAGGUUCUUGCAACAUUCUGGCUAAUGCUGUGACCUGGGGAGUAACCAUUAUAAAUGUUGACAAGGUUCAGGAGAGACUUGCCGAGUUUGGUCCAUAUGAACCAAGGCAAGCAACCAAAACCAUGGUAGGAUACAACAUGUCAAAGUUGAAAGUGCGUUUACGGAAACUUAAGCCCCCCUUUAUCAAAGUGGUUGACAAAAGCUGUCAGUAUAAGCCAUUGUUUCAGGAAUUUAAGUCAUGGCCUACUCUGAACUUUGACUCCCCUGUUUGGUCAUGUCCAUUUGAUUCACCAAAGACUAUCAGGGACUUGGAAAAAGCAAAGCAUAGGCCCAAAAAGAAUGAUCAUCAAGAGGUCAAGAAGCCAAAGAAAGGUUACUGUGAGUGUUGCCGUCUACACUAUGAGGACCUGGAUGUGCACUUAAGGGGUGAUCAUCACCAGGCAUUUGCCAGGGACGACUCAAAUUACACAGAUCUGGAUAGUCUUAUCAGGCAAGGACCCAGCCUUCAAGUGUUCCUGGACAAAAUUAAGUUCAAGUACCAGGACCAGAAGAACACAACUGAUGCUAGAUGCAGAGACAUGGACUACAUGUAUCAAACACCCGUGAAAUCGCUGGCCAGGGAAGACAGCUCAAGCCAAGCAGAUUGUGGCAAGGAGGAAUGUGUGACCCCAAGCAAACACAACAAUGACGUCUCAAAGGAAAGCGCGUGUAGGCAGAUUGACAGCAAACCAAGGGAAUCGAACCCUGGUGACUCUACUUGGGAUUUAAAGAAAGGUUAUGAUGCAAAUCAUGUUAAGAAAACCUCCAAAGAGGAAAAUAGGCAGGCUAUUUUAGAUGAUAGCACGCCCACUGAAAGUGCAAGUCCAAGAAGUAAACCAGUCACUCGCUCAAGAUCACUGUCCUCACCUGAUGGUGUUCCCUUAAAACUCUGUAGAAAAGCCAAAUUGAGAAUGGCCACCGAGUCUCCCAAAAAUACUGUAAGUAUAAGCUCUCGACAGAUUGCCGGAACUCGAGCAGCAAGCAAAGCAAAUACGAACCGUGUACCUGGUCCAGAAGAUGCGAGACUAGCCUUACCCAAUCAGAGUAAUGAUAGUGAUAAGGAAAACAAAGAGGGGUGUAAACAUCGCGACAAGCAAGCACCAUCGGUCAGCGAUAGGAGAAAGAAUGAGAAAGAAAGCUCUGAAGAGACGGAGAGCAUCGAACUACCAUCUGAUGUGAUAAAGCCUACAAAACCUACACACGAUAGAGUAGAUGAUAACACAGAUUCAACCACUGAGUCCCUUUCACCAAGUAAAAACACCGAAAUAGGAACAGAAGAUGAAAAUGAUACACAUCGGCUAAGUCUGCGGGACAAAAAGAGUGUUUGUAAAAAAGCAGUGGCAACAAAAACGCUUCCCAAUAGAGCUGAUAAUGACAUCGUUUUAAUCACGUCGCCAGGUAAAACCACCGAGAGAGAAGCAGAGAAUCAAAUUACAUUAAAUCGGCCGAGUCUACGUGACAGAAAGAGUAAAGUAAGGAGCGAAGUCCCUCAAGCCCCCAUAUUACACAGCGAACGGAAAAACCCGGCAAAUGAAUUAAGCAGUCCUAAGAGUGGGCCAUCUAAUACUUUCUUAAGUAAUAGUUCGGGUGGUGAUACAACCAGCACAAGCUCUGAAUCCUCUGUCGCAGUACAGGUGGGGAACAGUCCUGAACUCCAAAACCAGAAAAGAAAAGAAAACACUAAACAUCCAAACCAUGAGCAAUCAGUCCGAAAUCCACCAAAGAAAACCCAACAUCAUAACCAGGAAAGUGACACUGACGCCAACGACUUAACACAGAAGAAUGAUGACAUGGAAGCCCUUUUCGAGUCAGAUGAUGAGAACUCUUUCGAAGGCUUCCAUGUACCACAUUUCGACCAGUUACUGUCGUCAGAAAACGACCUUUCACGCACUGUGUGUCAUAUCGUGCAAGAACUGGAGGACACUAUCGUUGAACCGGCAUGUGGAAAUGACAUCGAAUUCCCUCGUACAGACCCUGACCAUAUACCGCUGUCUAAAGCAGAGUAUCUGGAUGGGCUGAAGGAUGAUGUUUUCACCAGUGAUGACGAUAGUGAUGUCUCAAGUAUAAUUGCUGAUAGCACUAGCGGAGAGUAUGACGAGCCAGAAAUAUCCUCGCCUUUUCAUUUUACCCAUUUUCAUCUAAAGAGAAAAUCUCAAGAUCUAAGUGAUGCGGAAUCCCGGUCUCCCGUCAAACGAAGACGCACCAUUAGCAGCGAUGAGUCCGAUAAACAGUCCGACUUCAACGAGCCGACAGCAGGGGGCGCGACACGCUCGUUAUCUCUCAGCAAUGAGAAUGGCAAACCAACUAGGAAUUACACGAGGAAUUCUUAUCGAGUUGCCGAAACAAAAGAUGAGAGCGAACAACAACCUUUAAGGCGUGAGCCUAGCAUGCCCUCCAGGCGUUGCAAGAAACCUGUAGAGGAUCCGAACAGUGAAGAAGGUUGCAUUACACGCCGCUCCUCGAAGCGCAAAUCAGAAUCGAAUGAGAGUAAACAAGGACUAUUCUUGAGACGAGGGCGGGCGACAACGGAGACUAGCAUUCGCCUCAGAGGUAGCAAGCAGCCUGUAGAAGACACAUCAAGCAGUGAAGAUGGUCACAUUGCCUUCUGUGCCUCGGAGCGUAAGCGGGAUGAGAGAAAACAGAGAUCAUCUGCGAAGCAAGGGCGUAAAACAACGGAACCCAGUAGAUGCUCUGAACGCAGUAAGCUGCCUUCGGGGGACACAACAGCAAGCAAUGAAGACGGUCUCGUUACCCGUCGCUCAACAAAGCGGAAGUCGGAAUCUACAGACGAUGACAUGCCUUCCAAGAGGAGCCGUGCACACGCUAAAGAUAAACGUGCAUCAGGAAGCAGGGUGGCUAGCUCAAGAAAACAGUCCGUGUCACGGGGUAAAGCGUCUACUAAGACUAAGGAACAGAAGACUCAUUCGCAGCAGUCAGCACAAGAUUUUUCAACUGCAUCGAAACAUAAAGAUAAGCAGAACCGAAAUAAAGAUUUGCUUUUGAAAGUAGCGCCCGGAAAAAAGGAACAAGCAAGUACUUCCAAGAAUCAGAAAUCAUCUAUGUGUCUGCCUCAGUCCGCAGCUGUACCUAAAGGGCACGAAGAAUCCUCAUUUGAUAGCUCAUUCCUAGAAAAUUUCACGCCUGAGCUUCUAGAAGCCUUAAGUUCCCAUAUGUCUAUUGAAGAGCGUGUUAAGAUGCGCACGAGACAAAAGCUCUUCGACACCUCUGAAGUCCUAGCAAAAGACUCACUUGGUCGCGUUGCACGUGGUUCUUUGAGAUCCACAACAAAGAUGGUAGAUUCUUCAGGGAAUAAAAGGCCUAAUCCAGUGGAGGAAUCUGGGAGGUCGUCUGCUAAGUCGAAGUCAAGGCGUAACUCCGGACCACAGCGCCCUAGAGCAUCUUCACUUGCGUCGGGCUCGUCUUGUACCGAUAACCUACAAACGAUAUCGGAGUUCUCGUCACCUCAGAUGACAAGAAGAUCGCGCAGUGUAACUGCCGCGACUAACAAGAAUCAAAGAAAACCGUUAAAUGAUGAAGCGUUUGUGGCUUCGCCUGUAGCCGGCAAACUGGUAUCCUCUCCAAGCUCUAUAUCUUCUGGGAUCCGCGGGCCUCAGUGGAUCUUCAACUCUGGUAAAUUCACGUCCUCUACUCCCCAAAGCGGCAAGAAAGUGUCUCGGGGAGUGACUCGGCGUACGACGAGGCGUAAAAUAACUACCAGUCCAUGCCUGCGCCCUGGCGAUGAAUUUGAGUUUGCCGGUGAAGAUGCUUUCGCGUUUGAUGAACAAUGAUGCUCUCUCUUCCUGCCCCAUCCUAUGACAUAGAUAGGAAUUUGAGUUUGCCGGUGAAGAUGCUUUCGCGUUUGAUGAACAAUGAUGCUCUCUCUUCCUGCCCCAUCCUAUGACAUAGAUGGGAAUUUGAGUUUGUCACUGAGGAAUUCUUCGCCCUUGAUGAAGAAAGAUUGAGAAAGUCUGCUUUGAUAAACACUAAUGUUCUCACUACCAGUCCCUUCCUGUAACAUAUAGAGAAAUUUGCGUUUCCCAGUACGGAAGUCUAUGCUUUAAAGGACAUUGAUGUUUUCACUAUCAGUCCCUUCCUUUAACAUAGAGAGGAAUUUGAGUUUGUCGAUAAGGAAUUUUUCGCGUUUUAUGAACAUGGAUGUUUUCACUAUCAGUUCCACAGUUCUCGUUUUCAUAGUUCCUACGCCAGGCCUUAAGCUAGUCACAUCCUUCCUUAAUAUGUAUAUAUUUUAAUACAUCAGAGCAUCUAGAAAAUCUCAAUUAAAUUGUAUGAACUAAAUUGGAGAAUUAUAGUCUCACAAGUAAUGAAGGACAAGAAAAUAAACGAUUCCGAUAUUCCAUAUCCAGUUUUUAUAUAUUUCAAAAGUGUGUCCGACCAUGCUUUACGAUCGAGCCUCUCGGGGCUCGAAAGCAUGUUUAUUUUUUAUUUUUUAGAAUUGUAAAAUAACCAAUUAUUGUAUCUUGUAAAUAAAACACGGUAAAUGUA